AAUUUACAGUGGCAUAGAUGGUCAUGCUGGGUAGCAUAAAACGUGCCACAUCCCAGUCAGUGUUGGGUUCCAUGGCACUUUUUCGAUCAUCCAAAAGGUUCCUCAUCUCCGAUCUCCUCCUUCCCCUCACAGAAUCUUCUUCGAUAUCCCUUAAUCCUUCGUCAAGUUCAAAUUUUCACCACCAUUACCCCAAACCCACAAUCCAAUUUCCCUAUGGGUCUCCAAAAAACACCACAUUGGCCUUCCACACGGCCCAACCUAGGUCCACCUCCAACGCCGAAGCAAUCUGCAGAAUCUUAUCCAACUCCCGCGACUCCACCGUCGCUGCCUCUCUCGCUGCUGUUGUGGUGAAUCCCUCGCCGGAGCUCGUCCUCGAGGUCUUGAACAAACUCAGCAAUGCCGGUACCCUUGCGCUUUCGUUCUUCCGUUGGGCCGAGAAGCAAGGCGAGUUCAAACACACCACAGAGACCUUUCACGCAUUGAUCGAAGCACUGGGUAAGAUCAGACAGUUCAAAUUGAUUUGGACUUUGAUCGACGACAUGAAGCAACGAAAGUUGCUGACUUCUGACACUUUUGCCCUCGUUGCUCGGCGAUACGUGCGAGCACGGAAGGUCAAGGAAGCAACCGAGACAUUUGAGAAGAUGGAGCGGUACGGUCUGAAGCCGCAUGUAUCGGAUUUCAAUAGGUUGAUCGAUGUGUUGUGUAAAUCGAAGUGUGUUGAGAAGGCGCAUGAGGUGUUUGAUAAAAUGAGGCACUUAGGGUUGGACCCCGAUAUCAAGUCCUACACCAUUUUGCUAGAAGGGUGGAGUCAGCUGCAGAACUUGAUCAAACUCAAUGAAUUGUGUAGGGAAAUGGAGGAUAAAGGUUUUCAGAUUGAUGUUGUUGCGUAUGGAAUAAUCAUCAAUGCGUAUUGCAAGGCUAAGAAAUUUGAUGAAACCAUUGGGUUGUACCAUGAGAUGAAAGCUAAGGGUCUGAGGCCCAGUCCCCAUGUGUAUUGUACUUUGAUUAAUGGUUUGGGUUCAGAUAAGAGAUUGAACCAAGCUCUUGAGUUUUUUGAGGCAUCUAAGGCUAGUGGCUUUGCACCGGAGGCUCCCACCUACAAUGCUGUUGUUGGGGCUUAUUGCUGGUCUUUGCGUAUGGAUGAUGCGUAUAGGAUGGUUGGCGAGAUGAAAAAGUGUGGAAUUGGUCCAAAUUCUCGAACUUUUGAUAUUAUACUUCAUCAUCUUAUAAAGGGUCGUAGGAUUGAAGAAGCUUGCUCGGUUUUUCACAGAAUGGGUGGCGAGUUUGGGUGUGAGCCGAGUGUGAGCACGUAUGAGAUCAUGGUGAGAAUGUUUUGUAAUGAACAGAGAUUGGAUAUGGCGAUGGCAGUUUGGGAUGAGAUGAAAGAGAAGGGAAUUCUUCCUGGAAUGCACAUGUUCUCCACGUUGAUCUGUUCCUUGUGCCAUGAAAGUAAGUUGAAUGAUGCGUGUAAGUACUUUCAAGAAAUGUUAGAUGUGGGUAUUCGGCCUCCUGCCAAAAUGUUCAGCACCUUGAAGGAAGCUCUGGUUGAUGCGAGGAUGGAGCAUAUUGCCAUGCAUUUUGCUUUGAAAAUUGAUAAACUCAGGAAGUCUCCAUUGGUUGCUUGACACAAAGGUACACACAAUAAUAUAUCAGGAAUUGGUGGUGUGAAUUUUUCAUGUGAUCGUGAGAAAUUUGUGUCUCUGUCUUGGUAAACGUUUGUUCACUGGAGAUGGAUAUGAUGUUCUUGCACGACAGUGUAUGUGAGGAAUCUGUUCAUAUCGUUUUGAGACAUUUUAUAUAUGAAUGGGGUUCUUCAGAAGGAAUUUGUGCA